AUGGCGUCCACGCUGCGGAAAUUGUUUUUCCCAGCCCCAGAACCGACUACGCCGGAGGGUGGUUCUUCCAACGCUGAGGGGCUCGUCGAGCCAGACUCCAAGGCUCCAGCUGAAGCCGUUCAUCCGUCAUCAUCGAGCGAGCAGACGCCUGACGAAGCAGCCCAAGAUGGUGUCGCCCAAGCCGAAGCCAUCACCUUGGUGAUGUGGUGUUUGUACUUUGUCAACGCUUUCCAGUCCCAGAUCACCAGCAACGCGUCGGCCUACAUCACCAGCGACUUCGAAUCGCAUUCCUUGAUCCCUGUUAUCGCCAUCGUGUCCAGUAUUAUGGGAGCAGCAACGUACAUGCCUCUCGCGAAAAUUCUGAACCUCUGGGACCGCUCUGUUGGUUUUGCACUGAUGACUGGAUUCGCAACUCUCGGCUUGAUCUUGAGUGCAACCUGCUAUGACAUUGCCACGUACUGCGCGGCUCAGGUCUUCUACAGCGUCGGCUUUGCUGGUAUCAUCUUUUCCAUCGAUGUCAUCACCAUCGACACGUCGACGCUUCGCGAUCGAGGUCUUGCUUACGCGUUUACCUCUUCUCCCUACAUCAUCACCGCAUACGCAGGCCCGGCUGCGGCGGCCCACUUCGUCCAGACUAACUGGCGCUGGGGCUACGGUAUUUUCUGCAUCAUCCUUCCCGUCGUUGCAACGCCGCUGUUCUGCCUUCUGCAGUGGAACCGGCACGUGGCUAAGAAGAGGGGUCUGCUGCGGGCGAAGGAGAGCAGUGGAAGAACGCCGAUGCAGAGCGCCAAGCACUACAUCAUCGAAUUCGACAUCCUGGGAACGUUUCUCCUGACCGCGGGCCUGGCGCUCUUCCUCCUGCCCUUCACCAUCGCCAGCACGACGGACAAGGGCUGGAACUCGGCCUCGAUGAUCGUCAUGCUCGUCAUCGGCAUCCUCUGCCUUUUCGCCUUCGCCGCCGUCGAGCGCUGGGUCGCCCCCGUCCCGUUCCUGCAAUGGGAGAUGUUAGCCACGCGCACCAUCCUCGGCGCCUGUCUGGUCGACGCCACGUACCAGAUCUCGUACUACUGCUGGAACGACUACUGGACGUCGUAUCUCCAAGUCGUAUACGGCGUCAGCAUCGAAACGGCCGGCUACAUCAGCAACAUCUUCGACGUCGUCUCGGGCGUGUGGCUGCUCGGCGUCGGCCUCUGCAUCAAGAAGACGGGACGCUUCCGCUGGCUGCUCCUCUGGGCCGUCCCGCUGUACAUCCUCGGCAUCGGGCUGAUGAUCUACUUCCGGCAGCCGCACUGGGGCGUCGGGUACAACGUCAUGUGCCAGGUGUUCCUCGCGCUGUCCGGCGGCACCAUGAUCAUCGUGCAGCAGGUCGCCGUGCUCGCCGUCGCCGACCACAACAACGCCGCGUCGGCCCUGGCCUUCCUCAACGUCUUCGGCAACAUGGGGAGUGCCGUGGGGAGCAGCAUUUCCGGCGCGAUUUGGACGCACACGCUGCCGUCGGCGCUGCGGCGGCUGCUGCCCGACGAGGCCAAGGCGGAUUGGGAGACGAUUUACGACUCGCUCGACGUGCAGCUGAGCUACGAGCGGGGCACGCCGAUUCGCACGGCGAUUCAGGCGGCGUAUGCCUUUUCGCAGAGCAAGAUGCUGAUUGCUGGCACGUGUAUCAUGGCGCUGUCGCUCGGGUGGAUGUUCCUGAUCAAGGACUUGAAGGUCACGAAGGCGCAGACGAAGGGUGUGUUGUUCUAA